AUGGAACCCCGAGAGGAGGAGAACCAGCCGUUGAUUGCUCCCGGCUUCAUCCGAGGAACGGCAUCCGCAAGUAGCAACCGCAGCGGCGGGUCCUCCUGGGCCGUAGGAUCGCCUCCACCAUCUGCAUUUGAAGCGUCGGGAACCGUCGGAUUAGCACCAGUGACAGGGUCGGGAGCGACGGUAUCCCCUGUCCACACGGCGCGUUCUGCGGAUUCCACGUCUGCGAACUGGGCCUUUCAUGCAGAAGCCACAGACAGGGAUUAUCGAAGCCCGUCCGUCUCGCCAUUCGCGUCGCCAAUUGCGGCGUCUGCUGUGCCGCCGUACGCGGCGCCGGUUGCGGCGUACAGCAACCACGAGGCGUUCGCGUUUACUGUCGACAUGCGCGGCGAAGGGGCGGCAGGAGUGGGGCCAGCAGGAGUGGGGCCAGCAACAGGAGGGGGUGCUGCGGGGAGAGGCGGGGAGGUGGAGGACAGGGGGAGCGCACCAGCUGUGGGGAUAGGGAUGCGCGCGGGGAGAGGGACGAGGGUGGGGCGAGGAAGCAGCAAGGAGAGGGAGAGAAGCGUGGGGAGAGGGAAAGAAGCGUGGGGAGAGGGAGAGAAGCGUGGGGAGAGGGACGAGCGUGGGGAGAGGGACGAGCGUGGGGAGAGGGACGAGCGUGGGGAGAGGGACGAGCGUGGGGAGAGGGACGAGCGUGGGGAGAGGGACGAGCGUGGGGAGAGGGACGAGCGUGGGGAGAGGGACGAGCGUGGGGAGAGGGACGAGCGUGGGGAGAGGGACGAGCGUGGGGAGAGGGACGAGCGUGGGGAGAGGGACGAGCGUGGGGAGAGGGACGAGCGUGGGGAGAGGGACGAGCGUGGGGAGAGGGACGAGCGUGGGGAGAGGGACGAGCGUGGGGAGAGGGACGAGCGUGGGGAGAGGGACCCCGCUGAUGGCGUCGAGCAGGUGGGUGCAGCCUGCAUGGCGUCGAGCAGGUGGGUGCAGCCUGCAUGGCGCGCUUGCAUGGCGCGCUUGCUCCAUCCCCCUCCAAUCCGCCGCCUGGCACCAAUCAAAUCCCCCGAGCUGAGGGCCAUUCUGCAACUCUCCUGCUGGCAGGAGGUUGGCAGGCCCCCCUGUACCAACCACAACUCUCUCCUUCCCCCUCCCUUGCAUCCCCCAACUCCCCUCACCUCCCCUUUACCCCCUCCUCUCCCCCAUCAGCCGCUGCAAUCCCGCCUGGCGCCUCUAGAAUCCCCCGAGCUGAGGGCCAUUCUGCACAAGUCCGCCUCCAUGCUGCGCUUUGAGUCCAUCCGCCGCCGCAAGGGGUCUGGUUCCGACGACUCCCUCGCCUCGCAACAGCACCUGCUGCCGCCCGGGGCGGCGGGCAGCGUUGGGAGUGGACGGCGCAGUUUGUCCCGGGCUGACAGUGGCGGGAGUGCGGGGAGCUUUGGCAGUGCGGGAGGGGGAGGGGGGAGUGGGAGUAACAGCUUGAAUGUGACUCCGGAGAGUAGCUUUCACCGCGGGGAUAUGUACAGUGGGAGCAUGUUCGAGGCCAUCUCAGAGGUGCCUCCAUCAAGCGAGGCGGCAGGGGAGGGCGAGGGGGGCGAGGGCGGGCCAGAUUCGGUGUAUCUAUCAGACUGGGUGAUCAACCCGCAGGCAUCGCUGUACCAGCAGUUCCAGGCGGCGCUGCUGCUGCUGGCCAUCCUCAUCGGCAUCGUGGAGCCCUUCAACGUGGCGUUCCUCGACACCGAGAAUGUGUUCACGCCAGUCAACGUCUUUAUCUAUUGCACCGACGCUGUGUUUCUGAGCGACGUGCUGCUCAGCUUCUUCGUGCCCGAGUUCCGAAUGGGCGAGUGGAAGACCAGCCUCGCCACCAUUGCCGUCGAGUACCUACGGGGCAUGUUCUGGUACGACAUGCUAGCAGCGCUGCCAUGGGAUCUGGUGCUCAAGGGCGUGUAUCAGCCCACCGGCACCGCUGCUGUCGCCCUCUCCGCCUUCGGCCUGCUGCGACUGCUGCGCCUCAUCCGCCUCUGGAACGUGCUGUGGGACAUGGCCGUGGACGUGCGGUACGACUACAUCUCCACCAGUGUGCACAAGUUCGCCCUCCUCAUCCUCUUCGCCGCCCACUGGUCCGCCUGUGUCUUCUUCCUCCUCGCACGCGUGCGCAACUUCAGUGAGGACACGUGGGUGGGGCACUGUGAGCCCGACCUGCCUCUGCGCCCUCCACUCGACGCCUAUGUCACAUCCAUCUACUGGGCGAUGACCACCCUCUCCACCACAGGCUACGGCGACCUGUCAGCCUUCACAGUACCGGAGCGCAUGUGGGCAGCACUGUUCAUGCUGGUGAACCUGGGCCUCACGGCGUACGUGCUGGGCAACAUGACCGUGCUGCUCACCAAGGCCGACGCCCACACUGCCACAUACCGCGACCGCCUCGCUGCCAUCAACCGGUACAUGCGGGCACAUGUGGUGCCGGCCUCACUGCAGGAGCAAGUGCAGGCACACCUCAAGCUGCACUUCGACACCGCAGAGGUGAGGGACGAUGUGUUGUUGCACUGCCCAUCAUCCGUGCGCACGCUGGUGAAGCGCCACGUGUACUCGCGCUUCGUCAACUCCUCCUACCUCUUCGCCGGCACCUCCAAUGUGUUCCGCGACCAAGUGACAACGCGGGCCAAUGUAGAUUUCUUCCUGCCACACGUGGACCUGGUGGCAGCAGGCAACAGCACCACGGAGCUGCUCAUCAUUGCCUCGGGGCAGGCGCAGGUGCUGGUGCGGGACAAGGACGGCAACGAGAUGCAGUGGUUUGUGCUGCACGAGGGGGACUGCGUGGGAGAGAUCGCCUUCCUGUGCGACCUCACGGAGCUGUGGACGGUGCGCACGCUGUCGGUGUGUCGGGUGCUCUCCAUCUCACGAGACGACUACCGCUCCGUGGCUCGCACUCACCCCGCUGACGACCGCCACGUCAUCGCCAACCUGCUCAACCGGGCGCGCAGCAGGGCGGAGGCGACGGCCCGGUUCUACCCCGGCAACAGCACCAUGGCGGAGCUGUCUCUGCUGCUCAAGAACGAGGUCGAGCCCUUGCACAUUAGUUCAGUGGGUGCAGCAAGAGACUUCUGCAACGAGGAAAAUGUGUUCCGCUGUUCACCUCCCUCUACCCCACAUCUCCCUCUACCCCACAUCUCCACAUUCCGCCUGCCCACCUCACUCCCUCACUUCCACCUUCUUCGCCUACCCGCCUCCCUCACUCAUCAUUCCUCUGGCUCAACCCUUGCACAGUCUUCGUUCCGCAACCGGCUGGUGCAGGAGACGCUGAUGAACCUGUGCUAUGCUGCCAAGCGUGGCGACAUGCUGGAGUGCUUCCGCCUCGCCGCUGGCGGCUUUGAUGUGGCGGCUGCUGACUACGAUGGCCGCACGCCCAUGGUGAGAUGGCCGCACGCCCAUGCACCUAGCAGCAGUGACAGGGCAGGACAAGGUGGUGCCCACCUAGCGGCAGUGACAGGGCAGGACAAGGUGGUGCAAUUCCUGCUGGCCCAUGGAGCACAAGUGAACGCCAAGGACGCCUUCUGGCGCACCCCCCUGCAGGAGGCCGUUGCUGCCGGCCACUGGAGCACCGCUGAGAUCCUCCGCAGUGUGCCCUCCUUGUUCCCCAUGUCACGUGUGCCCUCCUUGUCACGUGUGCCCUCCUUGUCACGUGUGCCCUCCUUGUCACGUGUGCCCUCCUUGUCACGUGUGCCCUCCUUGUCACGUGUGCCCUCCUUGUCACGUGUGCCCUCCUUGUCACGUGUGCCCUCCUUGUCACGUGUGCCCUCCUUGUCACGUGUGCCCUCCUUGUCACGUGUGCCCUCCUUGUCACGUGUGCCCUCCUUGUCACGUGUGCCCUCCUUGUCACGUGUGCCCUCCUUGUCACGUGUGCCCUCCUUGUCACGUGUGCCCUCCUUGUUCCUCAUGUCACGUGUGCCCUCCUUGUUCCUCAUGUCACGUGUGCCCUCCUUGUUCCUCAUGUCACGUGUGCCCUCCUUGUUCCUCAUGUCACGUGUGCCCUCCUUGUUCCUCAUGUCACGUGUGCCCUCCUUGUUCCCCAUGUCACGUGUGCCCUCCUUGUUCCUCAUGUCACGUGUGCCCUCCUUGCCCCUCAUGUCACGUGUGCCCUCCUUGUUCCCCAUGUCACGUGUGCCCUCCUUGUUCCUCAUGUCACGUGUGCCCUCCUUGCCCCUCAUGUCACGUGUGCCCUCCUUGUUCCUCAUGUCACGUGUGCCCUCCUUGUUCCUCAUGUCACGUGUGCCCUCCUUGUUCCUCAUGUCACGUGUGCCCUCCUUGUUCCUCAUGUCACGUGUGCCCUCCUUGUUCCUCAUGUCACGUGUGCCCUCCUUGUUCCUCAUGUCACGUGUGCCCUCCUUGUUCCUCAUGUCACGUGUGCCCUCCUUGUUCCUCAUGUCACGUGUGCCCUCCUUGUUCCUCAUGUCACGUGUGCCCUCCUUGUUCCUCAUGUCACGUGUGCCCUCCUUGUUCCUCAUGUCACGUGUGCCCUCCUUGUUCCUCAUGUCACGUGUGCCCUCCUUGUUCCUCAUGUCACGUGUGCCCUCCUUGUUCCUCAUGUCACGUGUGCCCUCCUUGUUCCUCAUGUCACGUGUGCCCUCCUUGUUCCUCAUGUCACGUGUGCCCUCCUUGUUCCUCAUGUCACGUGUGCCCUCCUUGUUCCUCAUGUCACGUGUGCCCUCCUUGUUCCUCAUGUCACGUGUGCCCUCCUUGUUCCUCAUGUCACGUGUGCCCUCCUUGUUCCUCAUGUCACGUGUGCCCUCCUUGUUCCUCAUGUCACGUGUGCCCUCCUUGUUCCUCAUGUCACGUGUGCCCUCCUUGUUCCUCAUGUCACGUGUGCCCUCCUUGUUCCUCAUGUCACGUGUGCCCUCCUUGUUCCUCAUGUCACGUGUGCCCUCCUUGUUCCUCAUGUCACGUGUGCCCUCCUUGUUCCUCAUGUCACGUGUGCCCUCCUUGUUCCUCAUGUCACGUGUGCCCUCCUUGUUCCUCAUGUCACGUGUGCCCUCCUUGUUCCUCAUGUCACGUGUGCCCUCCUUGUUCCUCAUGUCACGUGUGCCCUCCUUGUUCCUCAUGUCACGUGUGCCCUCCUUGUUCCUCAUGUCACGUGUGCCCUCCUUGUUCCUCAUGUCACGUGUGCCCUCCUUGUUCCUCAUGUCACGUGUGCCCUCCUUGUUCCUCAUGUCACGUGUGCCCUCCUUGUUCCUCAUGUCACGUGUGCCCUCCUUGUUCCUCAUGUCACGUGUGCCCUCCUUGUUCCUCAUGUCACGUGUGCCCUCCUUGUUCCUCAUGUCACGUGUGCCCUCCUUGUUCCUCAUGUCACGUGUGCCCUCCUUGUUCCUCAUGUCACGUGUGCCCUCCUUGUUCCUCAUGUCACGUGUGCCCUCCUUGUUCCUCAUGUCACGUGUGCCCUCCUUGUUCCUCAUGUCACGUGUGCCCUCCUUGUUCCUCAUGUCACGUGUGCCCUCCUUGUUCCUCAUGUCACGUGUGCCCUCCUUGUUCCUCAUGUCACGUGUGCCCUCCUUGUUCCUCAUGUCACGUGUGCCCUCCUUGUUCCUCAUGUCACGUGUGCCCUCCUUGUUCCUCAUGUCACGUGUGCCCUCCUUGUUCCUCAUGUCACGUGUGCCCUCCUUGUUCCUCAUGUCACGUGUGCCCUCCUUGUUCCUCAUGUCACGUGUGCCCUCCUUGUUCCUCAUGUCACGUGUGCCCUCCUUGUUCCUCAUGUCACGUGUGCCCUCCUUGUUCCUCAUGUCACGUGUGCCCUCCUUGUUCCUCAUGUCACGUGUGCCCUCCUUGUUCCUCAUGUCACGUGUGCCCUCCUUGUUCCUCAUGUCACGUGUGCCCUCCUUGUUCCUCAUGUCACGUGUGCCCUCCUUGUUCCUCAUGUCACGUGUGCCCUCCUUGUUCCUCAUGUCACGUGUGCCCUCCUUGUUCCUCAUGUCACGUGUGCCCUCCUUGUUCCUCAUGUCACGUGUGCCCUCCUUGUUCCUCAUGUCACGUGUGCCCUCCUUGUUCCUCAUGUCACGUGUGCCCUCCUUGUUCCUCAUGUCACGUGUGCCCUCCUUGUUCCUCAUGUCACGUGUGCCCUCCUUGUUCCUCAUGUCACGUGUGCCCUCCUUGUUCCUCAUGUCACGUGUGCCCUCCUUGUUCCUCAUGUCACGUGUGCCCUCCUUGUUCCUCAUGUCACGUGUGCCCUCCUUGUUCCUCAUGUCACGUGUGCCCUCCUUGUUCCUCAUGUCACGUGUGCCCUCCUUGUUCCUCAUGUCACGUGUGCCCUCCUUGUUCCUCAUGUCACGUGUGCCCUCCUUGUUCCUCAUGUCACGUGUGCCCUUCUUGUUCCUCAUGUCACGUGUGCCCUCCUUGUUCCUCAUGUCACGUGUGCCCUCCUUGUUCCUCAUGUCACGUGUGCCCUCCUUGUUCCUCAUGUCACGUGUGCCCUCCUUGUUCCUCAUGUCACGUGUGCCCUCCUUGUUCCUCAUGUCACGUGUGCCCUCCUUGUUCCUCAUGUCACGUGUGCCCUCCUUGUUCCUCAUGUCACGUGUGCCCUCCUUGUUCCUCAUGUCACGUGUGCCCUCCUUGUUCCUCAUGUCACGUGUGCCCUCCUUGCCCCUCACGUGUUGGCACUCCACUUCCCUGUUCCCUUCUCUUGCACUCCCCUACUUCUCUACUUCCUAUCUUUCACCACUCCCCCUCUCUCUCCAACGCCGCCUUCCUCCCCACUUCGCCCCCCCCAUCCCUCCCACAUCUCCCCCCAGCCACCAGGGAAUGACCCAGCCGCGCAAUCACCGGAAGCACACGUGCCAUCUCGCCUGCUCCACCACCACCCCAACCACCCGGCGCGCCUUUCACUCCCCCUCCCUUCCCCCCUUCCAGUCCUGCAGCAACGGGGGCGAGCUGCAUCUGCGCAACCAGGGCACGCAUCUGUGCCGCCUGGCGAGCUCGUCCAACUCGCACCAGCUGGCGCGGCUGCUGGAGUUCGGCGCCGACCCCAACUCCGCUGACUACGACGGCCGCACCGCGCUGCACGUGGCGGCUGCUGAGGGGCACCUCAACGUUGUCAAGGUUCUGCUGCAGGGAGGGGCGAGCCCUAGUGUGCGCGACCGGUGGCAGCGCACACCCAUGGACGAGGCGAGGGACAACAACCACACAGUUGUGGUGGCCACUCUGCUGCGCGCCGCUGCCUCCGCCACCCCCACUCCCAGCCCCCGCUCCCCCACCCCUCACCCUUCUGCUCCUGCUGCCGCUGCUCCUGCUCCAGCUGCUGGUUCUCCUGCAAACACUCCUGCUGCUCCUCCUCCUCUUCCUCCUCCUGCUGCUGCUUCGUCAUCCCACGCCAGCCCGAUUCCUCCUCCUCGUGCCCUUCCUCUGUCUCCUGCCGCUCCUCCUGCUGUGGCCUCUGCUGUUGCACCUUCCUCCCCCACUGCACCCUCUCCUCCCACUACCGCCUCGCCGCUAGCCCGUUCUCCCAUUCCUUCCGGCACGGCCGCACUUGCAUCAAAUGCACUGGUUCUUGAACCUCCUGCCGUGACUGGUCCAUCCGUUCCUAUCGUGAGCCUGCAGCUGAUGUAA